GGAAAAAGAAAUUCAACCCAGGAAGGCAAUUAUCUUCCGAGACCCAUCAUCGACGAUAUUCUACUGAAGCUCCCUGUAAAGAGUAUUCUAAUUUGCAAAUGCCUUUGCAAAUCUUGGCGCACUGUAAUCUCUGAUCCCCAAUUCGCCAAGCUGCUCUCUGCGAAGGCAGAGCCCUGCGCUCUGCUUCAGACCUCGGAUUCAACAACACUUCAUUUGGUUGAGCCUCAAGAAUGCCACAAUUUCGAUCUUGGAUACUGCAUCUGCGACGGCGAUCGCGGUUUCCGAUGCGACCCUCAUAUAAAGCUUGCACACAUGGGUCGUUACCCAAAUGGGGUUAAAAGGAAAAGCGACAUCAGAGUCACACCCAAGGAUCGAAAUUUCAAAAUUGUGAAUUCGUGCAAUGGUUUCCUCUGGUUGUCUGAACCAACCAGUAAUGAACCUGUUGUUGUGUGUAAUCCGAUCACGGGUGAGUAUAUAAACCUUCCUGUGGGUAAAGGAAGGCCUUCCAAGAAAACCCAAUAUUUUGUUGAUUGUGGGUUUGGCUUCAGUCCGAGAACUAAUCAAUACAAGGUGAUUAGAAUGUUUGAACGGCAGUUUGCUGCUCGGGCUAGGGGUGGCGCGCGCAUGAGCUGUUGCACACCCGAAACGGGGUGGAUAAAUUAUAGUUCCGGGAUUGAGAUAUGCACACUCGGCGAAGGAUCAUGGAAAAGCAUUGGUGAUGCUCCCUUUUUAUAUUGUAACCUAACGUUUCCCACUUAUCUGGAGGGAUGUGUCCAUUGGUUGCUCUAUCAAGAAUUUCGGGGACAUAGCCGUACGCUUAAUAUAGUUUGUUUUAGCUUUGACAAGGAGCAGUUUAAAUUAUUUUCUUCGCCUCGUCAAUAUCAAAAAUGUUAUGCAAACUACAUCGUUGAUUUGGGUGUGGUGCAUAAUGUGUCCAUGGGAGUGCUAGAUGGUUGUCUAUGCAUAUGUGAUGCCAAUUAUGAUCCCAUUUAUAUAUGGGUUAUGAAGAAAUAUGGUGUUGGGAAAUCUUGGACAAAGAUGUUUUCUAUUCGUAAUCAACCUGAUCAGAGUUGGCCUUAUGGUUUAUAUCAGCCAAUAAAUUACUUGAAAAAUGGGGAAGUAUUGCUGUUUCAUUAUGAUACAUGUGCUCUGAUUUGUUAUGACCCUUAAAUACCAAAAUUUAAAUAUCUUAAGAUUCGUGGUUCUGAAUCAAAAUUUAAAGCAAUUGCUUAUGUUCCCAGUUUCGUUUCACUUAAGGAAGCCAUUGUUGGAGAUAAUGUGGUCGUGCUGAACAUGAGUUCAAGGUGUGCAAAAUUCAAAGGUGUGGGUGAGACUAAAGCUCUUUCGUUGGUGGAAGAAGAUAGGGGAUAUGGCAUCUGAUUCAUUUUCAUCGUAAUUCUGAUACUGAUGAAUGGAGCAUGAAGCCAAAAAAUACAUAGGGAGAAAGGCCGCUUGAUAUCCUUUGAUGCGAAGAGUGGCGGGAUAUCCUUCUUUUUUUUUUUUUAGGUAAAACGGGAUAUCCUUCUUUGAUCUUUCUUUUUGAUUUCCAUUGGCUUGGCUAAGGUCUCACCGAGCCUCCUUGUCUAUGGAAAGAGAGAAACUUCAAUAUGAAGAAAGGAAUCAGAGAGGUUAGACACUCAACAGGGCUCAAAUCUGAUAGGUGGAGGAAGGGUAAGGAAAUUGAUGUUGCUAAAUUUAUGCUUAUAUUAACUACUUUAUUAUCUAAUCUAUAUCUGGAGGUUUAGGUAUUUUGAGCAACUAUACCUUUCAAAGUUGAUAUUUUACCUACUUUUAGUAAUUGUGGAUGUGUGACUUAUUUAAAUUUAGGUGAAUGGAAAGUAUUUGACAACUAAACCAAGUAAUGACUCAUGAUAUCUUUCCCAUGCUUGCUCUAAGCUUUGUCUAGGAAUUUCUUGUGAAAAUUACAAUUUCGACCUUUUUACAGAAUAAUUAAAAAUUUGAAUGCAAAGGUCUUUCAAAUUGACAGGGAGCCCAGCCAGGGCAAAAAAAAAAAAAAAAAAAAAAAAGAGAAAAAGAAAUGGGCAGUGUGUUGAAAUCAAAUUGCUAUAAAAGAAGUUUUUAUAAGGUACAAUUACAACAAUACUUUCAAUAUUCUAGCUACUUUUUAUCAGUCGUUACUUUCACUCAAGUUGUUUGUUUUAGAGUUUUCUUUCAAAUUGUCAUUUCCGAAGUAUCAUUUUCGU